AUGGAACAGCUCCAUUUAUUUGCUAGUUUUGUAUUGUUUCUUGGGGUGUUCACCACGAAAUUCAGUGUAACAAUGGCAGCUUCUUGGAUUCAAGCCCAUGCAACUUUUUACGGUGGAAGUGAUGCUUCAGGAACAAUGGGGGGUGCCUGUGGUUAUGGAAAUCUUAACACCGAUGGUUAUGGCACAAAAACUGCCGCACUUAGCACAGCUUUGUUCAACGAUGGCAAGUCAUGUGGUGGGUGCUAUCAGAUAGUGUGUGACAGAACCAAGGAUCCCCAGUGGUGCCUCAGGGGAACUUCCAUUACAAUUACUGCUACAAACUUUUGUCCUCCAAACUAUGAUCUCCCUAGUGACAAUGGUGGUUGGUGCAAUCCUCCAUUGCCACACUUUGACAUGUCUCAACCUGCAUUCCAGACAAUUGCCUUAUACAAGGCUGGAAUUGUACCUAUUCUCUAUAGGAAAGUUGGAUGCAAGAAGAGUGGGGGCAUUAGAUUUACCAUCAAUGGCAAAAAUUACUUCGAGCUAGUGCUCAUAUCUAACGUAGGGGGAGCUGGAGAUAUCUCAAAUGUUUGGAUCAAAGGGUCUAAUUCAAACCAAUGGGAAACCAUGUCAAGAAAUUGGGGUGUCAACUGGCAGAGUCUAAGUUAUUACAAUGGUCAGAGCUUGUCCUUUAGAGUGCAAUCCAGCAAUGGAAAGAUCGUCACAGCUCUUGAUGUUGCACCUUCCAAUUGGAGUUUUGGCCAGUCCUUCACCAGCAACGUUCAAUUCUAA